UACUACUGGUCAAUUCUUGGACCCCCCAAGGCAACCCAGGGAAAGCUUGACCCUGCUUCAGCAAAAAAUGCAUUGAGAGCCCUGGAGGAAGGAGGGGUGGGGUUAAUCCGUAACUCUCGUUCUAACUUUUCUAAAAGUGAUCAGAGGUUAGAAAUACCUCACCUCACACUCACCUCACCUCAUCCCAUUGCAAUUCUUCAUUGCAUCUUGUUCUAUUCUACUGUUUUCUUCUACGUCGCCCUCUGUCCGUAUGUUAGUCUCCUCCCAUUCCUCCCCAAUCCUUCCACUCCUUCCAGCUCAAUAGUUCUUCGAUUCUGAUAAAGUGAUACCCUAUAGUAAUCCUCCUCCCCGUCGAACCUUCUUGCCUCGACAGUUCUUGGACAUUAUCUACAUAGACAAUGUCUGCAUCCUCUCUCGAUCAUUUGGCCCUGGGUGGCCGCGUUGAGUGGCUCGCGAGCCUUAACACGGCUGCAACUCCUAGCAAGAAUGCCCAUCGACGAACUUCCAUCAUCUGCACCAUUGGCCCUAAGACGAACUCGAUCGAAAAGAUUAACUCCUUGCGACAAUCUGGUCUCAACAUUGUGCGAAUGAAUUUUAGCCAUGGAAGCUACGAAUACCACCAAUCCGUUAUCGACCACACUCGUGCCGCCGAAAAGGAACGAAGUGGUCGUCAAGUCGCCAUUGCUCUCGAUACCAAAGGACCCGAGAUACGUACUGGCGAUACUGAGCGUGGUGAAGAUAUCCCCAUCAAGGCCGGACACGUCCUAAACAUUACCACCGACGAGAAAUACAAGACCUCGUGCAAUUCAGAGAACAUGUAUGUUGAUUAUGCCAACAUCACCAAGGUGAUCGAGCCUGGAAAGGUCAUAUAUGUCGACGAUGGAGUUCUUGCCUUCGACGUGCUCAAGAUCAAGGACGACAAGACAGUCGAGGUUAAAUGCCGCAACAACGGGUUCAUCUCCUCCCGAAAGGGUGUGAACCUUCCUGACACUGAUGUCGAUCUCCCUGCUCUAUCAGAGAAGGACAAGAAUGAUCUCCGAUUUGGAGUCAAGAACAACGUAGAUAUGGUCUUUGCAAGUUUCAUUCGGCGAGGUGAUGAUAUUCGUGCCAUUCGCGAAGUCCUGGGAACAGAAGGAAAACAUAUUCAGAUCAUUGCCAAGAUUGAAAACCGACAAGGAUUAAACAACUUCGAUGAAAUCCUUCAAGAAACCGAUGGAGUUAUGGUAGCUCGAGGUGAUCUGGGAAUCGAGAUCCCGGCAUACGAGGUAUUCGCUGCCCAGAAGAAAUUAAUCGCCAAGUGCAAUAUCGCCGGCAAGCCUGUUAUCUGCGCGACCCAGAUGUUAGAGAGUAUGAUCACCAACCCCCGCCCAACUCGAGCGGAGAUUAGCGACGUCGGCAAUGCUGUCACUGACGGAGCCGAUUGUGUCAUGCUUAGCGGCGAGACCGCUAAAGGAGCCUACCCAGAGUUAGCAGUCCGUGAGAUGAGCAAUACUUGUCUUGCAGCAGAGAACUCCAUCCCCUACGUAAGCCACUACGAAGAAAUGGUCUCGUUGACGAAACGCCCCACGAGUGUCGUCGAGGCUUGCGCUAUGGCUGCAGUGCGAGCAUCGUUGGAUUUGAACGCUGGGGGAAUCAUUGUCCUCUCGACAUCUGGUGAUUCAGCCCGACUAUUAUCAAAAUACCGCCCAGUAUGCCCAAUUUUUAUGGUUACCCGCAACCCGUCAGCGUCGCGUUACGCACAUCUAUACCGUGGGGUCUAUCCCUUCUUAUUCGACGAGGCGAAGCCCAACUACGACCAGGUUAAUUGGCAGGAGGAUGUCGACCGUCGCAUCAAGUGGGCUCUUGAGAGGGCAUUGGGAUUAGGCUUACUCAGCAAGAAUGAUUCCAUCGUUGUCGUCCAAGGCUGGAGAGGUGGCAUGGGUAAUACUAACACACAACGGAUUGUAAAGGCUGAUCCAGACCACUUAGGCUUAGGGAUGAUGCACUAAAGCAAGCUUCCUAUGAUCUUAAUAUCGCAGUCGGGGGGUAUUACGCCUUGGAUGACAGUAUACGAGGCAGAGCAUCACUAGUAGAAAGUAGAUUGCUAAUAAAUUAGUCACGUUUCUUGAGAA